CAUACAUUAAUAUUAAUUAAUAUAAUGUAAAAUUACUUGUUGUAAAUGUUCUUUUUACUUAAUACCAAAUUAAUUAUUAAGCCAAUCAAAGAGUUAUGUUCUCUUUUGUUUAUUCAACCAAGCUAAACAUGUAGUGCCCCAAAACUCCAAGGUUUGUCUUUUCCUUUUCUCCUCUUCCCUUCCCAUUUCAGAAUCCGAUACCCCUCAAUCUCUCUCCUACCCCCAUUUCUUUAAUUCUUUGACAGCUCCCUUUCAUUCCGAUUUCAAUAGAAUUCGGGUUCACAAACUUGAAUUCAUUUCAAUGGCAGCUGCAGGGCCCACAGAAUACCAGAUGAUGAAUCAAAGAACAUGGCCACACAAAUCGGUCCUCGUUUCACCGCCUUUUCAUUCAUGUCAAAAACACCCGAAAAUCAUAAUCCAAGAAAAAACAACCCCACAAACCAUAAUCUCCAAUUCAAUCCAAUUUCAUCAUCAAAUCAAGAACAUUCCACAGAUAAUUUCACACAACUCCCUAACGACGUGUUAUUGAAAAUAGCUGCCACUUUCACUUUGCCAAAUUUACGUGCUGCUUCACAGGUAUGCAAGUCUUGGUGUGAUGCACUUAGACCCUUAAGAGAAGCCAUGUUGUUUCUCAAAUAUGGUAAGAAUUUCAAGCAUGGGCGUGGUGGGGUUGAGGUUAAUUUGAAUAAGGCACUUGACUCCUUCCUUCAAGGUGCGGCUCGUGGGUCAACUUUGGCUAUGGUUGAUGCUGGCUUGCUUUAUUGGGAAAUGGGGAGAAAGGAACAAGGGGUUUCCUUUUAUAGAAAGGCUGCUGUACUUGGUGACCCUGCUGGUCAGUGUAACUUGGGCAUUUCCCUCUUGGAAGCUAAUCCACCAGACAUUGAGGAGGCUAUCAAAUGGCUGUACAAAGCUUCUAUUGCAGGCUAUGUUCGAGCUCAGUACCAGCUUGCCCUUUGUUUACAUAAAGGUCGUGGCCCGAGUAGGGAUCUUAAGGAAGCGGCAAGGUGGUAUCUGAAGGCAGCAGAAGGUGGAUAUGUCCGUGCCAUGUAUAACACUGCAAUAUGCUACUCAGUGGGAGAAGGUCUAUCGCAGUCUCAUAAAUUUGCAAGGAAAUGGAUGAAGAGAGCAGCUGAUCGAGGUCAUAGCAAAGCCCAGUUUGAGCAUGGACUUAGUAUAUUUUCCGAAGGUAACAUGAUGAAAGCUGUGGUGUAUUUGGAACUUGCCACUCGUGCUGGUGAGACAGCAGCUGAUCACGUCAAGUAUGUUAUACUUCAACAGAUAUCCACUUCUUCUCGUGACAGAGCCAUGCUUCUUGCUGAUAAUUGGCAUCCUUUGCCUUCUUCAUCCCGCUGAUUGAUUUCCCUGUUGUUUUUAGCUUAAUGCUGCCUACACAUCUUUCUCUAGCAUGCUACUUUUGAACCUUCUUCAAUUACAAAGUGUAAAUAUACAUAGUUGCUCUUACUGAUGUGCAUUUCCUAGUUCUGAAAUGUUAUAACAAGAGCUUGUGUCGAAAUAGUUUUGCGCUUAAAUGUUACCAUUUAUUCUAUGAUAGCUUAAAGACUUUUCUCAUA